AUGGUCAAUGAGACUUCGACUCAGUUCGGAGGCCAGCCCGACGGCUCGGAACUCAGCGAGAACCUCCUGCAGACCUAUGCGGAAGCUUAUGUUAAUCGUGUGUUUAUAAGGGGCCAGGACGACCAUUACAUCUCCCUCGAGCAGUUCAAGAAGUGGAUGAAGGAGCAUCUAAAGGAAGAGCCUCUGCCACCGCCAAUGAAUGAGUAA